GAGCCGCGGCCGCCGGGGAUUCGGGCGCGGUGUUUCCUCCGUGGUUCCCGCUCUCCGAGGCGCCGCUGCGCUCCCUGGCUCUCUCCCGCAGUCGACCGGCUCCCUGUCCCACAGUCCACUGGCUCCGCCACUUCGCGUGUGGGCGCGCCCGCAGACAAGGGCCGCCGCCUCCGCAACAUUCUUCGCUGUGAGGAUGUGAGAUGGACCCAGAAGAGCAGGAGCUGCUGAAUGAUUGCAGAUACAGAAGUUACUCUUCAGUAAUUGAAAAGGCUUUAAGAAACUUCGAGUCCUCCAGUGAGUGGGCGGAUCUCAUAUCCUCACUUGGCAAACUCAACAAGGCUCUCCAGAGCAACCUGAAGUAUUCCUUAUUGCCAAGACGGCUCAUUAUCAGCAAGAGAUUAGCUCAGUGUUUACAUCCUGCCCUGCCUAGUGGCGUACAUUUAAAAGCCCUGGAAACCUAUGAGAUUAUCUUCAAAAUUGUGGGGACCAAAUGGCUGGCCAAGGACUUGUUCCUGUACAGCUGCGGCUUAUUCCCACUCCUGGCAAAUGCUGCGAUGUCGGUGCGGCCCGUGCUGCUUGGCCUGUAUGAGAAGUACUUCCUCCCGCUGCAGAAGCUGCUCCUGCCCAGUCUCCAGGCCUUCCUUGUGGGCCUACUUCCCGGCCUGGAGGAAGGUUCCGAGAUUUAUGACAGGACAGAUGCCUUGCUGCUGAGACUGUCCCUGGUGGUGGGCAGGGAGGUAUUCUAUACUGCCCUGUGGGGGAGUGUCCUAGCAAGCCCAUCCAUCCGCCUCCCUGCUUCGCUCUUUGUGGUGGGCCACAUCAACAGGGAUUUGCCUGGCAAGGAACAGAAGUACAUGCUGGGGACGGACUACCAGCUUACGGUAAAUUCACUCUGUGCAUCCCUGUUGGACUCAAAUGUUCUUGUGCAAAGAAAUAAUCUGGAAAUUGUUCUGUUUUUCUUCCCAUUUUAUACCUGUCUGGAUCCCAGUGAGAGAGCCAUUCCCCUGCUCAGAUCUGACAUUGUGCACAUUCUUUCGGCUGCCACCCAGACCCUGCUGAGAAGGGACAUGUCUCUGAACAGAAGACUGUAUGCCUGGUUGCUAGGUUCAGACAUUAAAGGAAAUACCAUUGUUCCAGAAUCUGAAAUCUCAAAUUCUUAUCAAAACCAAUCCUCUUAUUUUUUUGAAAAAUACUCCAAGGAUCUUUUAGUGGAGGGCCUGGCUGAGAUACUGCAUCAGAAGUUCUCAGAUGCUGAGGUUGAGGAACGUCAUCAUGCCUACCUGAAGCCUUUCCGCAUUCUCGUCAGUCUGCUGGACAAGCCAGAAAUCGGGCCUCAAGUGGUUGAAUAUUUGUUUCUUGAAGUCAUUAGAGCCUUUUAUUCUUACUGUAGAGAUGCCCUUGGCUCAGAUCUUAAACUGAGCUACACUCAGAGUGGGAAUCUGCUGAUAAGUACAAUCAAAGAAAACAGAAAUGCCUCUGAGAUCGUGAAGACGGUGAAUUUGCUGAUCUCUUCCCUCAGCACAGACUUCCUCUGGGAUUAUAUGACCAGGUGCUUUGAGGCAUGCUUUAGGCCAGUGAAGCAGAGUAACACCAUCGGAAAACCCAUCAGUCUUCCUGCUACAGUCUCAGAGCUCUGCACCCUCCUCGUGUUCCUCCUGGACGUCGUUCCCCUGGAGCUCUACUCUGAGGUGCAAACCCAGUACCUCCCCCAGGUACUUGGCUGCCUUGUGCAGCCUCUUGCUGAGCAGGUGGAGGCCUUGAGCUUACCUGAGCUCACACAUGCCUUGAAGACAUGUUUCAAAGUGCUCAGCAAAGUCCAGAUGCCACCGUCCUACCUAGACACAGAGCCCACCAGUGGGAACUCGAGUCCAGUAAAAGGUGAAAACAGCAAUACCAUUUUGGAAACAAAGGCUGUGGUUCCUGGUGAUGAAGAAGCUUCCUUCCCUCCACUCAAAUCUGAGGAUAGUGGGAUCGGGCUCAGUGCCUCUUCACCAGAGCUCUCCAAGCACCUGAGGGUGCCUCGCGUUUCUCCUGAAAGAGACGACGUUUGGAAGAAGGGUGGGAGUAUGCAGAGGACAUUUGUUUGCAUUCAGGAGCUAAUUGCCAACUUUGCCAGUAAGAACAUUUUCGUGGUACCGCUGACAGUGUCUGGAGAAGAAAGCAAGUCUGAAGAGCUUGCAGCAAAUAGGAACAAGAGCAGGACACAGAGUGGGGUAGGCAGUGACUCCAGCAGGAAGAACUCAUGGGAGGCCAAGCCCAUCACUGUGCCCCAGUUUAAGCAGAUGCUUUCAGACUUGUUCACGGCACGCGGGUCUCCAUUUAAGAUGAAAAGUUCGGAGUCAUCGUCAUCUGUGCACAGUAGCCCUGGCAGAAAAGCAGGAGGAGAAUGGGAUGUUGACAAGGUAGUCAUUGACCUAAGGGACUCCAAGGAGGAAUGCAGAGAGGCCUUUGCUGCUGCCUGCCACCUGCUGCUGGACUGUGCCACUUUCCCUGUUUACCUGUCUGAGGAGGAGACUGAAGAGCUCAGUGAAACACUCUUCCAGACUCCAGGAGCCAGUGAUUCCAGUUUUCCACCGUGGCUGAAAUCCCUUAUGACCAUUUGCUGCUGUGUGACUGACUGCUACCUGCAGAACGUGGCCAUCUCCACGCUGUUGGAGGUGACAAAUCAUUCCCAGUCCCUUGCGCUUGUCAUUGAAGACAAGAUGAAGCGCUAUAAAAACUCAGGGCACAACCCAUUCUUUGGCAAGCUGCAGAUGGUGACCGUCCCACCAAUUGCUCCAGGGAUUUUGAAAGUCAUUGCAGAGAAAACAGACUUCUAUCAGAGAGUGGCUCAUGUGCUUUGGAAUCAACUGAACAAGGAGACCCGGGAGCAUCACAUCACCUGUGUAGAGCUGUUCUACAGGCUGCACUGCCUGGCCCCAACGGCCAACAUCUGCGAAGACAUCAUCUGCCAUGCCCUCCUGGACCCUGACAAGGGAACAAGGUUGGAGGCUCUGUUUAGAUUUUCUGUGAUCUGGCACCUGACGAGGGAGAUCCAAGGCACUCGUGUAUCAUCCCACAAUCGCUCCUUUGAUAGGUCCUUGUUUGUUGUGCUGGACAGCCUGGCCUGCACGGAUGGUGCCAUCAGUGCCGCGGCCCAGUGCUGGCUGGUGCGCGCUCUCUCCCUCGGGGAUGUGGCGCGCAUCCUUGAACCUGUGCUCCUGCUGCUGCUCCAGCCCAAAACCCAGAGGACCUCUAUUCACUGCCUCAAGCAGGAGAACUCAGCUGAGGACUUGCAUCGUUGGUUUAACAGAAAGAAACCCUCUUUCAAAGAAGCUUGUGGGGUGCCUGAGCUUCCAGAAGGUGGCUCUGAAGAACACCUGCCUCUGAGCCAGUUUACUACAGUGGAUC